CCUUUAGCAUAUGUGUCCUCUAAUCUAAUCCUGUGGGGUGUAGUCUCUUUAUCACUUGCAAGCUGCGUUGGGCUCAGUUUGAUAUGCGUGGCAAUCUGGUGGACACCUUCGAUGUGCCUGGCGAGAACGAGGAUUGGGAGAUCUUAACCAUGGAGUUUUUCAGUCCCACGGACUACAAUGUGGUCUUCUGGUCGGGUUCCAUCAAUGACAUGCGCCUGAGGCUGGACUCCUGUCGCGGAGGGAACUACUCCAAUUCGGAGAGAUUCUACAGUGCCUUGGCCAUGAACAAGCAUCGCUCGCGGGCCUAUGGCUGUGCCAAUGAAGAUAACUUUGAGGUUUCCGUGUUUGACUUUGUGGAGGAUGAGGAGAGCGGUGCCAUCAGCUGGAAUCUGGUGGAGAGCCUGCCGCGCUUCGAGAAUGACGACAAGGAGAUGCUGCUUCAACUGCGCCUGGACCAGCACGAUCGAAUGCUCCUGGGCACCGCCGGCAAGGGCUUUGUGAUCUGGGACUUUGGCAGCAAACUAAAGGACGAGACAGAGUCCCGUCUGACCGAGGGCGCGCUGUACCUGCCGCUCCCGCAUGGCGUGCGGAACAUCACCACCCGCAUCAUGCAGUCAAACUCCAUUAUGGUAAGCUCCCGGCUGGAUUAUGCCGUCGCCGGAGUUCGCAAGAAUCUGUAUGUGUGGUGCCUGCCAUCGGGACAGUUGGCGAAGGUCCUAGACGCCCACUUUGGGCGUAUCAUACAGCUGGAGCCGCUGACGAUCGGUAACUGGAACAACCUCGUGACCUCCUCCAUAGAUCGGUCGGUCAAGGUCUGGAACAUCAACAAUAUCUUCGAGAAGGUGCACGUCAUCGAUCGCCACGAGCUCCAGAUCGAUGACAUCAGUCUGUCCGAGGUGGACAUGGCCGUGACAGUCACCCGCAGCUGUGUCGUCGUUUGGGAGACACGCUCGGGCCGUCUGCUGGCCAAACUCUCCGACAGUGCCCUGGGCGCCAUUGUCACACAUGCAGAGAUCACACCAGACGGCCGCUACAUCAUAUCCUCGGAGACGGGUAAGUUUCUGGUCUGGAAUCGCGUCUCCGAACAGGUGGUCUUUCGCGACGAUCAGCCUGGUAUACAGCAGAUCACCCUCUUGGACUAUGGCUACAAGGUGCUGACGGUUUCGGUGCCCAACAUUAAUCAGCGGGAUAUCCUGGCGGCGGCGGAUGAGGCCAAUCGAUUGACGGCUAUAACAACAUUGAGAUCAGUGCCAGAGGGCACCAUCCUGUUCCGCUUUGAAUUCCCCAUUCGUAUGAUCACGGGUAUGCCCUUCCGCAAGUCGGUGAUGACGGCGGAUAAUGCGUACAUCGUUGUGGUCACCGUGGACAAGUUGAACAAGGAUUGCCUAGGCGUGUACAGCGCCACCAACGGGGCCUUCGUCUCGAAGAUCAUGCUCAAGGGGUGCUCCAUUAAGGAGGUAUUCGCUUUGGUGCCAAUGCCCCAUAAGGCCAAUCAGGUGGCGGUCAUCAGCAGUGAGAAGGGCAGCGUCAUGGACAUCAAGACCAAGAAGCACAUCCGCUCCAUAGCCAAGUGGGGCGGCAGCAUCACGCGGGAUGGCAAGUGCGGUUUGUAUGCCCCGACGCGAGGCGGCUUGGAGAUGCUGGAGCUGCGCAAGGGCACCACUGUGAAGACAUUCAUUCCAAAGGUGGCCGAGGGCGUCUUUUCGGUGAUUUGCAUCUUCACGGAGAACGACGAGUAUGUGGCGUACUAUCACAGCGGGCGGAAGACCAUACGCGUCUUCCGCACUGGCGACACCGAGAUGAUAGCCAACUACCGACUGCAGGCCGAGCUGACGGCCAUCAAGAGUAGCAAGGACGGGCGAGCCAUUGUCCUGGGCACCGUGGAUGGGUGCAUGUCGGUGCUGGCGAUUGUGGAUCCCAAAAAGCAAGAGAUGAUCGAGUACCUCAACGAGCUGCCGUCCCGCGACGAGAACUGGAAGGCAAAGCUGGCCAAAAUGAAAGCACGGGUGGGCUUUAAGGCCGCCAUACGCGGGGCUACCAUCUCCUCGCGCUAUGCAAAGCCCAACAGGGGCGAGGAUGAGGAUGUGGAGGGGGAGCUGCUCUCCGAAAUAACAGAGGUGGUGCCAGUGGCCAUGGAUUAGUUGAAUUAUAAAUAUAACAUUUAUUUUCGCAUAUAAUUCAUGGAUAGGAUAGAGGAUUUUGUGUUACAAAAAUACGCACGCGCGUGCUAUGCUGCCUGCCUGACGAGUGUGUGAUGAUCGGGGGUGAUGGGCGGAUCGGGGGUGGGUGACUGUGUGUGACUGGGGGAUUCAGCUGAAUGAAGCUUAAACUAAAAUUUUGGUUAAAUGGUAGCUGCUACAGGCUAAAAAUUCUGAUUUAAGAGUAUAACUUAGGUCGGAAACAGAUGGAUUAUGGAAUCAGAAAACGUAACCAGACGAUAACAAGAAUCGAUCCUAAGGAGGCAACAAAACAAGGUUUUAAAAUCUUUAAACAUGCUGCUGCUGUUGCUAUUUUGCUUCGCGUUGCAGCUCACCAACAAAUCAAUCUAAUUCCAAUCGAAAGCGCUAGUACAAGUACAAUAUAUAUAUAUAGUAUGUGGCUUUAUGAUGUAGCAGGAGGAUCCAUGGAUUAGUGUAGG